AUGGAGGCAGAUGAAUAUCAUCUCUCAUUAAAAGCAAUCGAUCAAUUGAAUCAAUUGAAUCAUGAUAAGACCAAUGAUCAACAAAAUACCAAUUGUAAUUCGUUAUUUUCACGAUUGUAUUAUCAAACAAUUGGUAUUCGAAUAAAACCAAAUACAAUUGUAUUAGAUAAAGAUGAAUCUUAUAAAAAAUUACAUCAUGAUCGAUUAAUCAAGUCAUUCAUGUAUCUAUGUGAUUUAUUAACACAUCAUUGUCUACCUUCUCAAUUAUCAUCAAUAAUUAUUCCAAUACCAGGACUCAUAUUACACAUUGCUCUUUUCAUAUUCGUGUAUUUGUCAACUGAAAUCUCUCGAUUGCAUUAUAUUCUAUGGAUGAUUGUUGAAUAUUUCAUCUAUAUACUCGAUAUCAUUGAUGGCAAACAAGCUAGACGAAAUGGUACACAAUCUCUAGCAAGACAUUUUUGA